GAGCGCGAAAUCCUGGUAGGAAAGUCGAAAAGUCCGACAAAGAUGAGAACAAUUUACAUACAGGAUGAAACGGUGGACAGAGUAAAAGUGGCUUUGUGGAGAAACACUAACAAAAACGUCAGAACUGGGGAUUUCGUCAAAAUCACUUAUUUGACAAUACACACUUACCAAACAAAGUACACAACUGAAACCAGCUUCAAUUCUACCUACACAACUUCAGUUACUAAAGUCGAACCACCAACUGUACAUGUGACACUUACAGUAAUUAGUGCCUGUGCACAAGAUGACGUUACAGAACUUCUCCUCAGUGAAGACUCUGUGAGGGCAAUUCCUUCACAAUUAUUAAUGGCUGCCCUUCCACAAGAACUUGAAGAAGUAUUGGAUCCAGAAUCUUUCUUUGCAGAGCGAAAAACAAACUUAAGGCUGCAAUUAAAAGGAUCGGAAGUACUUUCAGUGAAACUUCAGUAAACUGUUAUACAUAUACAUGACAUUAUUCAGCAUUCCUAGUUUACCAUGUUUUCCCUAGUGUUUUUUUUAUAAAUCUCCUACUUUUUUGUACAUUUUACAACAAGCUCCUACUUCUCCUAGUUAUGCCCCCCUUCAAAGAAGGGGGAUAUUGCUUUGCACAUGUUGGUGUGUUGGUCUGUCCGUCCGUCCACCACAUGAUUGUGUGAUGAUAACUCAAGAACGCUUAGGCCUAGGAUCAUGAAACUUCAUACGUACAUUGAUCAUGACUGGCAGA